AAGCAAUAACCCCACGCUAUUUCGUCGUCACUUCCCGAGAUGAUAUGGCGGAAUGCUUAAGCCGAUUGUCCUGAGGAUCUUGUCAAGAUAUAGAGAACCUGACUUUUCUGGAGCAGAGAGUAAACAAUUUACGUAGUCUGAGGUCCUGAAUUGGGCAAAUAUGAGUGAUUCGUCUGAGACCAUUCAAAGUGCAAGUUAUGGUGGGUCUGUAGCAACAGAGCAUCUGCCUAUAAGGACUUCAGAAACAACUGCAUCAGACAGCGGAGGUGACUGUAAACCCGACAGCGGAGGUGGCUGUAAACCCGACAGCGGAGGUGACUGUAAACCCGACAGCGGAGGUGACUGUAAACCCUAUAUUCUAAAACGAAAGAGGAGCUUUCAUGAAGGUCAAACUUUUUCUGUUAAGAGAAAGUAUGAAGAAGAUGAUGAGGCAGCUAACGCAAAGAGAAUACAUUUAGAGGAAGGCCACGGUUCAAAAGUAGCCACACAUUAUAACAAACUCCAAGAAGUUGGUUUGCAGGAACGCAGUCAAAGUCGUAUCUUCUAUCUUCGCAACUUCAAUAACUGGAUGAAGAGCGUCCUGAUUGGUGAAUUUCUGGAUAAAAUUCGGGAACAGAACAAAAGAGAUAUAAAUGUGUUGGACCUGGGCUGUGGGAAAGGUGGUGACUUGCUGAAAUGGAAGAAAGGAAGAAUCAGUCAGCUGGUUUGUGCUGAUAUUGCAGAUGUUUCAGUGCAGCAAUGCCAACAGCGGUAUUCUGAUAUGAAAUAUAGAGGGCGUGGAGAUGACUUUAUUUUCAAGGCUGAAUUCAUUGUAGCGGAUUGCUCUAAGGAACUUCUGACUACAAAAUAUGAGGAUCCAAACAUCCUUUUUGACCUCUGCAGUUCACAGUUUGUUUAUCAUUAUUCAUUUGAAAGCAAGGAGCAAGCUGACACUAUGCUGAGAAAUGCCUGUGAAAGACUUCGACCGGGUGGAUAUUUCAUUGGCACAACUCCUAAUGCUUUUGAACUUAUAAAGCGUCUAGACGAAUCAGACUCUUGUACAUUUGGCAACGAGUUAUACAAAGUUUCAUUUUUGAGCAAGAGUGAAUAUCCUCUCUUUGGCUGUCAGUAUGACUUCAAUUUAGAGGGUGUAGUCGAUGUCCCAGAGUUCCUGGUAUACUUCCCUUUAAUGGAAAAGAUGGCUAAGAAAUACAACAUGAAACUUGUCUAUAAAAAGACAUUUCAGCAGUAUUUUGAAGAAAAAAUUCAGAAUGAAGAGCACAAAAAGCUAAUAAAACGGAUGCAGGCACUUGAGCAAUAUCCUCCAGAAAAAUAUGCCAGCCUCGUGUCUGAUACCUGUGGUGAUUAUGAACAUGCAGAGCAGCAUAAAAUAAAAGGAGCAAAAUUACCUUUGGGAACUUUAAGUAAAUCUGAAUGGGAAGCCACGAGUAUAUAUCUGGUUUUUGCAUUUCAGAAGGAAUUAUAAAAAUUGGGAUAAAUGUUGCUUGUUAAGGAAAACAAGAACAGAAAGAAAAUUGUGACUUAUGGUACAGAUCUCUUGUUCUUGCAGCAAGCAUAGGAACUGAUAUUACUAUAAAUAUCAAAAUUAUAAAUAGUCGUGUAUAAUGUUUUAAGAAAAGUCUAUAAAUGCCUUUAGUAAGUUUCCUUUGUAAAAUUCACAUCCAAAAGACUCUUUUGUUUGUAAAUAUGAUUUGUGUUUAGUCUCUUCAUUUUGUGCCUAUUUUUAUUAAAACUGGACCAAUGCCAUGGUUCUGUGUGCAGUUUACAGUGUUUAGUUUUAAUAAAUUGCAGUUGAUGCCAUA